AUGGAACCCGGACAAUCGUUUUCAGCUCCAACGCCAAACCCGACUUAUGAUAUCGAUAUGUCGGAAUCAGAUAUGACGCGUUGGCUUCUUCGUCUCAAAUACUCAGUUAUUUUGCGUCGAAGGUUGAGGUCAUCUCAGAUUACUAAUAGGCAAUUUCUUCUAAAUCAUCCAGGCCGAUCUAUAAACUGUUUUCACUUUAAAGUUCUUCUUGGGCUAGCCACUUCAGCUUAUUUCCUUGCCAAAGACACCUUUCCUUCAAAUGUUGUUGGUUUGGAUUGUGAUGAAAAUAAUUUCCAAUGCAAACUGAGUACUCAUGAUAUAAAAACCAUUCUUUACCAUCGAGGAGUAAGUCCGGAGUCGUUUUUCGAGAGGAGGGACCUUGAAAUAUUAUCUGCGAGAACGGGUUCUGUAGAUGAAUUAGAACUCCAAACAGCUCUUGCUUACGACGAAUUUUUUCAGAAUUUUAAUUCAACUUGUGAUAAGGAGGCAACAUUUUACCGGAGUUUUAUGUCUAAACUUUCUCUAAAACAUCAUCCUGUUCUUUGUGAUGAGGAAACUGCUGGAUUAAAGACCGUAGUCUUCGAUAGCCCAGGUCUCUUUAUCGAUCGAAUAGAGGAUAAUAGGGAGAGCAUCUGGCUUCUUUCUGUUGUUUAUUCCGAUGUUGAUGCAACCCACGCAAUCAAUCCGGCCAUUUGGUCCCGCUUGGUUCACCAUUUCUCCUCCAUUUCAAUCAAAUUUGGUAUCCUUCUUUGUGAUAAACUUGAGAGCAUUUGCAAUGAGUACGGAUUCACGCCAUCUGUUCUUGUGAUAGUCCUUCCAGUUUCAUAUCAAAACCGCAAGCCGUCUGUCGAAUUUAAACGUCUUUCUUUAGCGCAUUCACCCCUCUGUGAUGAUAUUACUACACGUGGAAGAAAAGGAUGUAUCCUCCUUUUGGAUCACGUUACAAAUCUCUUGCAAAACUUCCUUUCCCAACGUGUUAUCCCCUUACAAUCACUCCCUCAACUUCAGUCCCCAAAGUACGCUCGAUCGCAAGCCUUGAACAUGAUUUGGAUUCCUGGCGAGCGGUUCUGUAAUAAAUCUUAUCCCCUUGCCAACGCUGAUCGUCAAGUUUUUUCUCGUCCGCCUCUUGCUUUCUCCAUUCUUUCAAUCUCCUAUCUUGGGAGAGCUGCAUUCUGGUCCCUUGAUCCGCCUCGCUCAUCGUUAUCUAGGACGGAUUUAACUCAGGAAAUUACCUCGUAUACCUCGACUAUUAAUGAGAUGCUUCAGCAAUUAGGAUGUCAUUCUAUCGAAGAAUCAUUUAAUGGAAAUUCCCGAUACAUUCUCUUUACCUCUGAGGGCUACUGUUAUGUCCAAUCUAAACUUUCUUUCAUUCGCUUGGAUAAUCUCCUUCGAUGGAACUUUCCCUCUUCUAACGACCUAUUUUUAUUCGGUCUGGUUACAGUUAAUGCCUUAAUUAUCGUGGCCUCUCUCUGCCAGUCAUUACCUUUAUUGAAGCUGGCCAAAUUCAUUUCCCACCGUUGCACCUUUCUUUUUAACCGAAGGUUAGAAAAAUCACUAAAAGAUGAUGGUAAUCAGAGUGCAACAUCAUCUCCUCUUAAAGUACGAACAAAGCUAAUUACCAAUGUGGUUACGGCUACCUUUUCUGGAUGGAAAAACUAUACUCCCUUUAUAGCUGAGGAUUCUAAAAAUAACGUAUCACAAAAUGCGAGCAGAAUGCAACGGAUCGUCUCUGUACUUGAACAGGGCUUUAUCUUGCUCUUUAGUAUUAUCUUCAAAAUAUUUCUAGCUAAUCUACUCUUCAUACUUGCUGCUCUGCCAAUUAUUAAUUUUGUAGGUCAUACAUUGCCCCUGGCUUCUAUCCUUUUAAAAUUCCUUAGGUUUUGUGUGUACUGGUUUGAUUUAGCGACUAUUUCACUGACUUCUCUUACGGUUAUUUCGCUUCUCGAGAUUUCCGCCUGUGCCAUUGUACUGACAUUAAUUCUUGAUAGUAUGACUUAUUGCAUUGACAGAAAAUUAUUUGGAAAGUGGAAGCAUUUGUCGUCUACUUCUAGAGUAAUUCCUGCCAACACCGAUCCAUUUGUUGCAAAACUCUAUAAAAUGAACUGUGCCGCAGUGGCAUUCAACUCACCAGCCCUGCUGGCUCGUUACUUGGUUCUUUCUGAUGAGGAAUUCCCGGUGGAAUCAAACCGACAGAGCUCUUCUUCCAUCUCGGACGCCGAAAUGCAUCCCGAACCUUCGACUGAAACAGCCUCAUUGAGAGCUUGUGAGGCUGCGCGACUUUAUCGGAAAGCCAUUGAGUUGGAUAAAGCUGUAGCCAUGGCCUCUAAGCAAUCACAUCUCACCUGGCAAGCUACCCAAAAUUUACUUUUAAAUAGAAAUAGUUCUUCUGAAUUAAUCUUUCCCGCCAAAUUGUUUGUUUGGAAGUUCGCUUCCACCUCAAAACUCUCGUCAAAGGUGUCUGCCAACCGGCCUGGACAUAUUAAAUCUAAAAUUGCAUCGCCACGGUUCGCUAUUGAAUCUCGGGAUAGAGAUGAGGAAAAGAGCUAUGAGGCUAGUUCGGAAAGCGAUAGGUGUUCUCCUGCUGUUCACCCUUCUUCAUUUCUUGGACGCCACAGGAGGCCACGGCGACCUGGGAAUUUAAACAAUACAGAACCAUGCCUUCAAUGGCCUUCCUGGGUCAUCACUUGUGAGAAGUGUGUAAUUUGUUGGCGGGAAUUCGAAUGUAGAACUAUAAUGGCUGCUUUAUCGUGUGGACACGCUUUCCAUGCGGAGUGUUUAAAAUCUUGGCUGGACGUUGGCCGGGAUGUUUGCCCAGUAUGUCGAUGGCCGGCCCACCUGUCUCAUAAUCAACGCGAGAAACAUCUGAUUUGUCAACUCAUUAGAGCUCUUAGGACUUGCUUACGUACAGCUCGAAAUAAUAGCAGCAAUUCUUCCUCCUCGGAAACAGAGAUCUCCACAAGAAGAUAA